GGGCGGGAGCAGCCUGCGCCCCCGCCAGAGGAGGAAGAGGAAGAAGUGCAGGAAGAGAGGAGCAGGAGGAGGGGGAGCAACCCGCGCCCCGCCUGAGAAGGGCCCGGAGGAGGAGGGUCAGCAGUCCGCGCCCUCGGCUAAGGCCAGGAGGAGGAGGAGGACGUGGAGGAGGAAGAGGGUAGGCAGCCCGCGCCCCCACCUGAAGAACAGGAGGAGGAGGAGGAUGAAGAGAGGGAGUGCCUUUCCAUCCACAUUGGCCAAGCUGGUAUCCAGAUUGGGGAUGCUUGCUGGGAACUCUAUUGCCUGGAACAUGGAAUCCAGCCAGAUGGCGUUGUUCUCAACAGUAGAAAGGAUCAACUGGAAAGUGAGAACAUGGAGCAUAUGGAUGCAUCUUUCAAUACCUUCUUUUGUGAGACGAGAGCUGGGAAGCACGUGCCCAGAGCACUCUUCAUGGAUCUGGAGCCCGCUGUUAUAGAUGGGAUUCGAGCUGGCCAGCACCGCUCACUCUUCCACCCAGAGCAGCUCGUCAGCGGGAAGGAAGAUGCCGCGAACAACUACGCCCGCGGUCGCUACUCUCUGGGGUCUGAGAUCAUCGACCUUGUGCUAGAGAGGAUCCGAAAGCUGGCAGAGCAGUGCAGUGGACUUCAGGGAUUUUUGAUUUUCCGAAGCUUUGGAGGAGGCACCGGAUCAGGAUUUACAUCUCUCUUAAUGGAGCAGCUCUCGAUAGAAUAUAGCAGGAGGACGAAAUUGGAGUUCUCUGUCUAUCCAGCCCCCAGGAUCUCCACUGCUGUAGUGGAGCCUUACAACUCCGUCCUUACCACACACUCCACCCUGGAGCACUCGGACUGCACCUUCAUGGUGGACAAUGAGGCCAUCUAUGACAUCUGCCACCAUAAACUCGGUGUCGAGCGCCCCUCUUACGCCAGCAUUAAUAGGCUAAUAGGUCAGGCGGUAUCUUGCAUUACUGCUUCCCUCCGGUUUGAAGGGCCCUUGAAUGUGGACCUCAUUGAAUUCCAGACCAACCUAGUACCUUAUCCAAGAAUACAUUUCCCCAUGACAACAUUUGCCCCCAUCAUCUCUGCUGACCAUGCCUACCGUGAGGAGCUCUCUGUGUCCGACAUCACAGCUGCUUGCUUUGACUUCUCCAAUCAGCUGGUCAAGUGCGACCCUCGGCUGGGGAAGUACAUGGCCUGCUGCCUACUCUACAGAGGGGACGUGGUCCCCAAAGAUGUGAAUGCAGCCAUUGCAGCCAUGAAGUCAAGGAACUCUGUGCAGUUUGUGGAUUGGUGUCCGACUGGUUUCAAGGUGGGCAUCAACAACCAGCCACCCACGGUGAUGCCGGGAGGGGACCUGGCCAGGGUCCAGCGGGCUGUGUGCAUGCUGAGCAACACCACGGCCGUCGUGGAGGCCUGGGCCCGCCUGGACCACAAGUUCGACCUCAUGUACGCCAAGAGGGCGUUUCUGCACUGGUACCUCAGGGAAGGCAUGGAGGAAGGCGAGUUCUCAGAGGCCAGGGAAGACUUGGCCGCUCUAGAGAAGGAUUACGAAGAAAUGGGGCAAAGUUUCUGAUGGAAAUGUGGCUGGGGAGAAUGAGUGUUGAGUCAUGCUUUCUUUUCAAGACUUAUGUACUCUUGAUGGGUAGAGUUCCCUUGACUGGAAGAAACUGGAAACCAAAUCAAGCAAGACCCUAAGCUGUGCACUAAAUCAAAUGGGUCAGUAUCAACAAUGAACUCACAGGUCCCUGUCUGGUGGUUCAGCACGGCUACCUGUGAACUCCCUCGGUUUGGGGUCCUUUGAGCGUCUGGAUCAUGUCCAUGUUUCUUUUCUUUUGUUUUCUUUUGUUUUUUUUUUUUUCUUAGAAUGGAAACCUAGCUUUAUUCUUUGCUUCUUCAACAAAAGAUGAUGAAACCCUAAAGUCAGUGCUUUUUGCUUUCCCUUUCCUGAGGUGUAAGACAGCACAUGUUAAUUAUUAAUGUUAUUUCCCCCAUGUCUGUAUUUUGUACAUUGAUUAAAUAAUGAAUAUUUCAGUA